CCCUGUUUAAUAUUGACUAAAUUAUAACCAUCUCAGUUACAAUCAAUUUUUGUUUAGAAAUAAAAUCUAAAAUGACUUCCUCCUUAAAACGGACUAGUUAGUCGCUCGAUUAAAACGAAAAUAAAAGGCGGUGAACCGAAGUAGAAACUUUAUUCAGCUUUCAUCCACAAACUAUUUGCUUUAUUGACACUUAUAGCAACAUAUGUUGGAUAUUAUAAAAUGUCUUUUCCUAGUGAUUUUAGAUUAGGACUGUGUUGGUUACGUUAGAAACGUCUGGAGUCGCUACAAACAUACGCUGCACAUAAAAAGACAGCCAUAUAUUUGGUUGUAACGUUUAUUUUGAGCAUUUUUAAAUCGCGACUUUGUGCUCGACGUGCCGGACCGGUGUCUGUCACGCAGCCUCAGACAGCCUGACCCGGAGGAGAAGCGCGGCGGCCAUUUUGCUCGGAAGGGGGGCCUCGGCUUCAACACGUGAGAGAGAGAGGAGCCCGAAGACACCGAAACACGCCGGGAUAUUAUUCAUGUGUGGACCCAGAGCGGCAUAGGAAGCCAACACGAUGCCCACCAUCACGCUGCCGCCGAAGGAGAACGCUCUCUUCAAGAGAAUCCUGCCGUUGGACCGCGGCGUGUCCGGCGGUUCGGACGGGCUGUCACGUGGCCCCGCGCGCCGUGCCUCGGCCUGGCCACACACCCAAAGUGGAUCAAUGACAAAGCGUUUGACACCUGACAGCGACGAGCAACUUUGUAUAACCGAGCCUCCGCUCUGUCCUCUCUUCCAGAGAUGUUACGAGCACAAGCAGUACAGAAACGGCCUGAAGUUCUGCAAGCAGAUCCUGGGGAACCCCAAGUUCGCAGAACAUGGAGAGACGCUGGCCAUGAAGGGACUGACCCUCAACUGUCUGGGGAAGAAGGAGGAGGCCUACGAGCUGGUGAGGCGAGGCCUCCGCAACGACCUCAGGAGCCACGUCUGCUGGCACGUGUACGGCCUGCUGCAGCGCUCGGAUAAAAAGUACGACGAGGCCAUCAAGUGCUACCGCAACGCCCUGAAGUGGGACAAAGACAACCUGCAGAUCCUCCGAGACUUGUCCCUGCUGCAGAUCCAGAUGAGGGACCUGGAGGGAUACAGGCUGCGCCCGGCCCAGCGGGCCUCCUGGAUCGGCUACGCCGUGGCCUACCACCUGCUGGAGGACUUUGAGAUGGCCGCCAAGAUCGUGGAAGAGUUCCGCAAAACGCAACAGACGUCUCCAGACAAGGUGGACUACGAGUACAGCGAGCUCCUGCUGUACCAGAACCAGGUCCUGAGGGAGGCCGGCCUGUACAAGGAGGCCCUGGAUCACCUCAACGACUACGAGAAACAGAUCUGCGACAAGCUGGCCGUGGAGGAGACCAGAGGGGAGGUGCUGCUGAAGCUGGAGAGGCCCGAGGAGGCCUCGGAAGUCUACCGACGCCUCCAGGAGAGGAACCCCGAAAACUGGGCCUACUACCAGGGCCUGGAGAAAGCCUUGAAUCCAGGCAGCACAGAGGAGCGUCUCAAGAUCUACGAGGAUUCCUGGGUGAAGUUUCCUAAAGGUUUGGUUCCCCGGAGGCUGCCCCUCAAUUUCCUGACAGGGGAGACGUUCCGGGAGUGUCUGGACAGCUACCUGAGGAUGAACUUCAGCAAGGGCUGCCCGCCCGUCUUCACCACCCUAAAGUCCCUCUACACAGACAAAUCAAAGGCGAUUGGCAACUGCUUUCGUCCCACGCAGGUGUACAUAAUCGAAGACCUAGUGGUUGGCUACGAGAGCUGUUUAAAAAGCUGCCAGAUGUUUAGUGAAAACGACGACGGGAAGGAGGAGCCCCCCACCACCCUGUUGUGGGUCCAGUACUUCCUGGCGCAGCACUUUGACUUCAUCGACCGGCCCAGCCUGGCCCUGGACUACAUCAACAGCGCCAUCGACAGCACCCCCACGCUCAUCGAGCUCUUCCUCAUCAAGGCAAAGAUCUUCAAGCACGCAGGCAACAUCAAAGAGGCGGCCCGGUGGAUGGACGAGGCCCAGGCGCUGGACACCGCCGACCGCUUCAUCAACUCCAAGUGCGCCAAGUACAUGCUGAAGGCCGGCCUGGUCAAGGAGGCCGAGGAGAUGUGCUCCAAGUUCACACGGGAGGGGACGUCCGCCGUGGAGAACCUGAACGAGAUGCAGUGCAUGUGGUUCCAGACGGAGUGUGCUCUGGCCUACAAGGCCAUGAGCAAACUCGGCGAGGCCCUGAAGAAGUGCCACGAGAUCGAGCGGGUGAGUUCUCCCACGUCCACAGAGACGGUCAGCCCUGUUGUGGACCGACCGCCUGAGGCCGGCAGCUGGUGGGGAUUUGACCGUCUCCUCCCCCUCUUUCAGCAUUUUGUGGAGAUCACCGACGACCAGUUUGACUUCCACACGUACUGCAUGAGGAAGAUGACGUUGCGCUCCUACGUGGACCUGCUGAAGCUGGAGGACGUCCUGCGGCAGCACCCCUUCUACUACAAGGCGGCUCGGAGCGCCAUCCAGAUCUACCUGGCCCUCCACGACAAACCCCUGAAGGACGACAACAAGGAGAGCCAGGCCGACACCGAAAACCUCACAGACAAGGAGUUGAAAAAACUGCGCAACAAACAGCGGCGAGCUCAGAAGAAGGCCCAGUUGGAGGAAGAGAAGAAAAACGCUGAGAAGGAGAAGCAGCUAAAGAAUCAGAAGAAGAAGAAGGAGGACGACGACGAGGAGAUAGGAGGGCCGAAGGAAGAGCUCGUGCCCGAGAAGUUAGCCAAGCCAGAGAAUCCUUUGGAAGAGGCCGUCAAGUUCCUGAUUCCCCUUAAAAACCUGGUGCGCAAUAAGAUCGAGACCCACCUGCUGGCCUUUGAAAUCUACUUCAGGAAAGAGAAGUACCUGCUGAUGCUGCAGUCCAUAAAGAGGGCCGUGCUCAUAGAGCCCUCCAACCCCUGGCUGCACCAGUGCUUGGUCCGCUUCUUCAGAGGAGGUGAGGCACGAGCCGGGCCGCCGACGGGGAUGUCGCACACACACACACACACCCGUAGACGACCGUCUGGGCUCUGCCUGUCCGCAGUGAGCGAGAGCAGCGACCUGGCCGAGGCGGUGAGGACGGUGCUGAAGCAGGAGAUCUGCAGGCUGUUCGGGGAGAGCAACCCCCGGAGCUUCAACAAGAGCUUCCUUAGCCAACACUCCGGCUCCAUCCCGCACCGCCUGGCCGGGCUGGUUCUGGCUGGAGCUGGUUAUGGCUGUACCCUGAUGGCGGUUGACGCUAUCCGUGCUAUCUGCACAGAGGUCCUGGAGGCUCUGCGGGAGGGCCAGCUGGGCGAGGGCCAACAGAAGGCGGCCGAGGCCUACCGGGCCACCUGCCAAAAGAUGUACCCCUACUGCCUGGCCUUCAUGCCCCCGGGCCACCAGGACAACAGCACCGCCAUCAGCGCCAACGGCGACCUGUCGGCGGGGGAGCACGACGACACGGCCAACGAGAUGUGAGCCCGCAGCCCGAGGGAGGAAGAGGAGCAGGUGCUCGCACGCUGCCAGACGCCUUAGUCCACCAACAGAGCCGUUCCCUCCCCCCCAAUGCCUGCCCGCCCCCCCCCCCCCUCCAGUUCCUGGGCUUUGGCUGCUGUGAGUCACCCUCCCCCCCCCCCCCCCCCCC